AUGGAAGCUACACUUUCUCUGCUGGAAAGCAGACACCCACAUAGGCCGAGCCAACAGUGGCAAGCACACACAUCGCCUUUACCAGCUGCAUCAGCCCAGCAUCAGGUCACAGGAGGUCAACAGCAGCAGCCCCAGACACCGACUAGACUGGUGUUGGGUCAGCUCCCUGGAGGCAAACUGGUGCUCCAGGGAAGCCAGCUGGCUGCACUGACCCAGGCUCGGGCUGCAGGUCAGGCCGGAGGGCAACCCAAAGUCCUCACAAUUCAGCUACAGGUGCAGCAGCAGCCCAACCAACAAGGAGGCGUCAAGUACCAGCUGAUUUCAGGGGCAGGAAAUGCUGGUAACCCACAGGUGUUGCAGAUCUCACAGGGCCAAGGAGGGCAACGAGUUGCAGUGCCACUCAAAAUGCUUCUUCAGCCACAGACAAGCGUGGCAUCUUCAGCCGGUGGCACGGUCUCUGUGGUGAAGGUAAUCAACACAUCUGCAGCAGGCCCCUCCACCACCACCACCACUUCGUCCCAGGCCAUCCGCAUCACCAAGGCCCCAGGCGAGCCUGCCUCAGUUCGACGAGUAGAAAUCUUGUGCAAGCAGGAGAAGGCGAACCGUAUUGUGGCUGAGGCUAUAGCCCGGGCCAAGGCACGUGGUGAGAAGAACCUGCCCAGAGUCCUGAAUCAGGAUGAGCUUCCAUCAACCCAGACCUCUCCCGAGAUAGGGGGUACCAUAACUGUGGUGUCUGCUCCUAAGAAAAAGAACAGUGGCGGAAGCAAAAAGAAAAGUCCUGUUGCUGGUGGAGCAACACCCAAACCUGUAGGCGGAGCUGAUAAAAAGAGCAAAGUGAAGACACCGGGAGGAACACCUGGAGUGGCUGGAGGAACAGUAACACCUGGGACAGGAAGCAAGAGCAAAAGCAAAACUAAGACAAACACUAUUACUCUAGUGGGAGCAAAGAAAAGGAAGAGAAAUGCUUCCUCAGACCAUUCUGAUGGGGAGUUGAGUCCAGCCUCACCUGCUACACUGGAAGAUGACAUGAUUAUGAAGAGGCGCUCCAAUCGUGUGGUGAAGAGGAAGAAGUACACAGAGGACCUGGAUAUCAAGAUAACAGAUGAUGAGGAUGAGCAGGAAGAUGUAGAUGUUACUACGACUGCAGCAGCUGUCGCCUCCAUCAGUGGCAGCACAGCAGCACAGCUUAAACAGGAAAUGGAGCUGGACGGUGAUGGGCAGCCCACCAUGCAGUUCUUUGUGGUGUGCCCAGGCCAGUACACCACUGUUGAAGAAUUCUUUGUGAAAUACAAGAACUAUUCAUAUUUACACUGUGAAUGGGCCAGCUUGCAACAGUUGGAGAAGGAUAAGAGGAUCCACCAGAAGAUCAAGAGAUUCAAGACUAAACACGCACAAAUGAGACACAUCUUCCAAGAGGAGGAGGAGCCUUUUAAUCCUGACUAUGUUGAAGCAGACAGGAUCCUAGACGUGUCCCAUAGUGUGGACAAGGACAACGGAGAGCCUGUUAUCUACUAUUUGGUGAAGUGGUGCUCCCUGCCUUAUGAAGAUGCCACUUGGGAGCUGAAGGAGGAUGUAGACGAGGGCAAGGUUGAGGAGUUCGGCAAAAUCCAAAACCGACAACCUCGUCUGAAGAAAAUGGCUCGGCCUCCUGCAAGUUCGUGGAAGAAACUGGAAGAGACCAGAGAGUACAAGAAUGGGAACAUACUCAGAGAGUACCAACUGGAAGGAGUCAACUGGCUGCUCUUCAACUGGUACAACAGGCAGAAUUGUAUCCUGGCAGACGAGAUGGGUCUGGGCAAGACUAUCCAGUCCAUUGCACUGCUGUCUGAGGUGUAUAAUGCUGGAAUCCAAGGCCCCUUCCUUGUUAUUGCUCCACUCUCCACCAUCACUAACUGGGAGAGAGAGUUCUCCACAUGGACCAACAUGAACGCCAUCGUCUACCAUGGGAGCUUGGCCAGCCGUCAGAUGAUCCAGCAGUAUGAGAUGUACAGCAAGGACGACAAGGAUCAUUUGAUUCCUGGUGCAUAUAAGUUUGAUGCCCUCAUCACAACCUUUGAGAUGGUGUUGUCCGACUGUCCUGAGCUGAGGGAAAUCUCGUGGCGUUGUGUCAUCAUUGAUGAGGCUCAUCGCCUCAAGAAUCGCAACUGCAAGCUUUUGGACAGCUUGAAGAUGAUGGAUCAGGAACACAAAGUGUUAUUGACCGGCACUCCUCUUCAGAACACUGUGGAGGAACUCUUCAGUUUACUCCAUUUCCUGGAGCCAGCUCAGUUCCCCUCUGAGACUGAGUUCCUCAGAGACUUUGGAGACCUGAAAACAGAAGAACAGGUUCAGAAGCUACAGGCCAUCUUGAAACCUAUGAUGUUAAGGAGGCUAAAGGAGGAUGUUGAGAAGAACUUAGCACCCAAACAGGAGACCAUCAUUGAGGUUGAGUUGACUGAUGUCCAGAAGAAGUAUUAUCGAGCCAUCUUGGAACGAAACUUCAGUUUCCUCAGUUUAGGGGCAAACAGUAACAGCAAUGUCCCUAACCUGCUCAACACUAUGAUGGAGCUACGCAAGUGCUGCAACCACCCCUACCUCAUCAAUGGUGCAGAGGAGAAGAUAGUAGCCGAGCUGCGGCAGGUUUACGACCCCAUGGCUCCGGACUUCCAUUUGCAGGCCCUGAUUCGCUCAGCAGGCAAGCUGGUGCUGCUGGACAAGCUGCUGCCUCGCCUAAAGGCUGGUGGCCACAAAGUGCUGAUCUUCUCUCAGAUGGUGCGCUGCUUAGACAUUUUGGAGGACUACCUCAUCAACAAAAGAUACCUUUAUGAGCGUAUUGAUGGCAGAGUGCGUGGAAACCUGCGCCAGGCUGCCAUCGAUCGCUUUAGUAAACCUGACUCAGACCGCUUCGUCUUCCUGCUGUGUACCCGAGCUGGCGGUUUGGGUAUUAACCUCACUGCUGCUGACACCUGUGUUAUAUUUGACUCUGACUGGAACCCUCAAAAUGACCUGCAGGCCCAAGCAAGGUGUCAUCGUAUCGGUCAAUCGAAGGCAGUUAAAGUCUACCGCCUGAUUACAAGGAACUCCUAUGAGAGGGAGAUGCUGGAUAAAGCAAGUCUGAAGCUUGGGCUGGACCGUGCCGUCCUGCAGAGCAUGAGUGGCAACAAGGAGAGUAACGUCAAUGGGAUCCAGCAGUUCUCUAAGAAGGAGAUAGAGGACCUCCUGAGAAAAGGAGCGUAUGCUGCCAUCAUGGAUGAGAAUGAUGAGGGCAGUCGCUUUUGUGAGGAGGAUAUUGAUCAGAUCCUUCAGCGAAGAGCCACCACCAUUACCAUUGAGAGUGAGGGCAAGGGCUCCACCUUCUCCAAGGCCAGCUUUGUCGCCUCCGAAAACCGCAAUGACAUCGCCCUGGACGACCCUGAAUUCUGGGAGAAGUGGGCAAAGAAGGCCGACAUAGAUAUGGACACCAUCAACCGCAAGAACACCCUUGUGAUAGACACUCCCAGAGUACGCAAGCAGACUCGACAAUUUUCCAGUUUACGAGGCGAGGGUGGAGACCUGUCUGAUUUGGACAGUGAUGAUGAGUAUCCACCUGCCAAUUCCAGACAGUCUCGUUCUUCCCGACGCGCUGACCGCCACAGUGGAGGAGGAUACGGCCGCACGGACUGUUUCCGGGUCGAGAAACACCUUCUUGUCUAUGGUUGGGGACGUUGGAGAGACAUCCUGUCACAUGCUAGAUGUAAGCGACGUUUGAGUGAGCGGGAUGUUGAGACGAUCUGCCGUGUCAUCCUGGUCUUUUGUCUGCUUCACUACCGUGGAGAUGAGAACAUCAAGAGCUUCAUCUGGGAGCUCAUCACUCCGCCGGAGAACGGGUGUGGACCAACAACUCUACUCAACCACUCUGGACUGUCUAUCCCUGUUCCAAGAGGCAGAAAGGGUAAAAGGGUAAAGGCCCAGAGCACAUUUGAUGUUCAGAAAGUGGAGUGGAUCCGAAAGUACAACCCUGACACUCUUUUGUUGGAUGAGAGCUACCGCAAACAUCUCAAGCACCAGUGCAACAAGGUAUUGCUCAGGGUGCGUAUGCUCUACUACCUGAAGCAGGAAGUGAUUGGCGAACAUGCAGACGCCGUUCUGAAAGGAGCUGUCAUAAGGGAGCUUGAUAUCUGGAUGCCUGAGAUGGAGCAACAGGAAGUGCCAGCAGGAUGGUGGGAUUCUGAGGCAGACCGCUCACUGCUCUCUGGUGUAUUCAAACAUGGUUAUGAAAUGUACACCACCAUGCGUGCUGAUCCCUGCCUCUGCUUCCUGGAGAGAGCUGGUCGACCUGAUGACAAGGCCAUUGAUGCUGAGCAGCACACUGGUGACACUGAGAUGGGGGAAGAUGCUGACUAUGAUAAAUACUCAGAGGACCCAGAGUUCAAACCGGCCUCAAGGCACAAAGAUCUUUUCGAGGAGAAUGACUCGAUGAACGUGGAUGAUGAGAUUUCUGUUGAGGAAAGGUCGGGGCCAUUGGUCACAGAAAACUUACUGAGCCUGAGUGGUGCGAGCAACUGGCCCUCAAGCUCAUCACUCACAGCAAGGUUACGUCGGCUUAUCACGGCUUUCCAACGCAGCUACAGACAGGAGCAGCUGAAGAUUGAAGCUGAGGCAAAGGGCGACCGCAGGCGCAGGCGGUGUGAACAAGCUAGUAAACUGAAGGAGAUUGCACGGCAGGAGCGCCAGCAGAGAUGGACACGUAGAGAGGAGUGUGACUUCUACCGUGUGGUAUCGACCUUUGGUGUGGUGAAGUUGAAAAAGGAACCAGAUUUCCCUGAGGCCGGAGACCUUGAAUUUGACUGGACUCGCUUUCGUACCUUUGCUCGCCUGGAUAAAAAAACUGACGAGAGUCUCAGCCGAUACUUCCACUCUUUUGUUGCCAUGUGUCGGAGGGUUUGCCACCUCCCCCCAGGCAGAGAAGAUCCUGCAGAGAAUUCCCAGACUGUGGCCCCCAUCACUGAGGAGCGUGCUUCCCGUACCCUUUACCGUAUUAGCCUUUUGCGUCGCCUGCGUGAGCGAGUCCUGCCCCACCCCUCCCUGGAGGAGCGUCUAACCCUGGCCCUGCCGAACUCCGAGCUGCCCAGUUGGUGGAAUAUACCAGACCACGAUCGUCAGCUGAUGCUUGGUGCUAAUCUGCAUGGUGUCAGCCGCACUGAGCUUUCCAUAUUAGCAGACCCACAGUUCACCUUCAAUCAGGCUAGGGAAGAGUUCAUCCAGAACCAGCAGGCCCCUCCUCCUCCCCCUCCACCGCAACCACUUCCCAUCAUGCCCCUCAUCCAGCCCAAGACUGAAGAUGACCUGCCAGAUGUAAAGGAGGAGGUAGCUGAUGAUGAGGCCCGGUUGCUAGGUGCUGAACUCUUGGCUGACCUGCAGAGCACACCUUUAAGUCACCAUGAUGGAAAA